CAUUUCCUUAAUUCCAAAUUAAAAAUGAUUUUCUGUGUUCUCCAAAUAAAGCACUGUGGGUCUAAUCUCCGAGUUCCAUCCCUUGCCCAUGUUUUCAUUUAAAUUGUUCCUAACUUCCUCAGUCCUGCAGUCUAUUUCAUAUUAAGUUGUACUAUUGAGAGAGUACUUAUCUGUCCUUCACAUGCCUGUUUCUGUGGUGUUAGACUAAUUUGAAUUGCUCCAAUUUAUUCUCUUUACUUAUAGGUUUACAGGUAACUUCUGCUAUUAUCUUUUUGCUCACCUGGUUGGUUUCUGUAGAGUUUUACUCCUCUUCCCUAACCGUUCUCUGCCUUUGCUCUCCAUUCUAAGCCUAACAUCUGUGUAUGCUGGAAACUAGGGGAAAGAGGAGAGAGGAUGAAUAAAUAUAGAGCUGUUGGUAAGAUAGGAGAGGGAACAUUUUCUGAUGUUCUGAAGAUGCUAAAUCUUAGGGAUGGAAAAUACUAUGCAUGUAAACAUAUGAAACAACACUUUGAAAGUAUUGAACAAGUGAAUAAUCUGAGAGAAAUACAAGCACUAAGGCGGCUGAAUCCACAUCCUAAUAUCCUUAUGUUACAUGAAGUUAUUUUCGAUAAAAAAGCUGGCUCUCUCUCACUGAUAUGUGAACUAAUGGACAUGAAUAUUUAUGAGCUGAUAAGAGGAAGGAAAAAGCCCUUACCUGAAAAAAAAAUAAUAAGCUACAUGUACCAGCUAUGCAAGUCUCUGGAUCAUAUCCACAGAAACGGAAUAUUUCACAGAGAUGUGAAACCAGAAAACAUAUUAAUAAAGCAGAGUACCCUCAAGUUAGGAGAUUUUGGAUCGUGUAGAAGCAUAUAUUCAAAGCAGCCAUACACAGAAUAUAUAUCCACGCGCUGGUACCGAGCCCCUGAGUGCUUGCUUACAGAUGGCUACUAUAGCUACAAAAUGGAUAUGUGGAGCGCUGGCUGCGUGUUCUAUGAGAUCACAAGUUUACAGCCUCUCUUUCCUGGAUCGAAUGAGCUGGACCAAAUAUCAAAAAUCCACGACAUUGUAGGUACUCCUGCUAAACAAACUCUCACUAAGUUCAAGCAGUCAAGAAUUGUAAGUUUUGAUUUUCCCUUUAAAAAGGGAACAGGAAUACCUCCUCUUGUGCCCAAUUUGUCUCCCAAAGGCUUCUCUCUCCUGUAUGCAAUGAUAAAAUACGAUCCUGAUGAGAGAAUUGCUGCCCAUCAAGCAUUGCAGCAUCCUUACUUUCAAGAACUCUGGGCAGCUGAUAAACCAGCUUUGGCCAUGCACAAAAAAGUAAGAUUACUAGGAAAUACUGCAGGGCAAGAACCUCUGCAUUUGUGGCAACUUCCAAAGGARAGGCAAAGACAGUCUGAGAGACAGAAGGAACUUAAGUCUUCUCUGAAACACUCCCACUUACCUGCGAUACAACGAAGAGGAGGAGGUUACUGACCCCGCUGUGGAGUGUUUGGAGUGGGAGGGAAAGCAGGAGCGUGCGGUGGAGCCGACCCCACCAGGCUUUCGGGGCCAGAGGUCUGACCAGAACAGUGCCUUAUUUUGUGUCACGAAUAAUUUGCAGCAAAAACCCCACACGAUUCUGAAGGUCUGCGAAACCCCAACGCUGGUAUUCUCUUCCCAAGAACAAGCACUAUUUAAUUAAAGCAUUGUUUUGGCAGAGCUCAGAAUGCAUUUGAUAUUGAGCAGUUUUUUUCCUGAUGGAACCUGAUGAAGGAAGGGUUUGAUUAAAAGUAACAUGAAAGGGUUCUUUGAGCUUGAGGUGUAGAAAUGGACUGUUGCAUAGAAAACAGAAGUUGUCAUAUUAUAUAUGACUAGCUUGACCUGUCAUUCUGUAUGUUUUCUUAGAUGUAAAAAAAGUCUUAUUUUUCAGUUAGCAAGGGUAGUAUUUAGUAUUUACCUCUUUGAUUUAAUAGCUUCAGCCUCAAGUUUUAUUAAGAACUUUAAGAUUAUGCAAACAUUUGAGA